GUAUCCGGCAAAAAGUAUUAUAUAAACCUAAUCCGUCAUGAAUGUUACUCAUCCUUUCUAAGGUUGAAUGAAAUCAACAAGAAUGGAAUCAUCAGCAGCUUCUUUGAAGAUAGCAAUGUAUCCAUGGCUAGCUCUUGGGCACCAAACUGCACACUUCCACUUAGCCAACAAGUUAGCCGAAAAAGGCCACAAUAUCACAUUCUUCGCCCCAAAAACAACACAAUCCAAAUUAGCUUCCUUCAAUCACCACCCCAACCUUAUCACCUUUGUCACAAUCACUGUUCCUAAUGUUGAAGGCCUUCCACCACAUGCUGAAACCACCUCAGAUGUGUCUCCGCCUUUGCUUGCAGUCCUCAUGACCGCCAUGGAUCAAACUCAACAAGUAAUGGAAACCCAUCUUUCGACUCUUAAACCUGAUAUUGUUUUCUAUGACUAUUUCACUCACUGGUUGCCACCAUUGGCAAGGCGUCUAGGAAUCAAGGCCAUUCAUUAUUGCACUGCGCGUUCUGUGAUGGUAGGCUAUCUUCUCUCCCCUGCAAGGAUCAAUCAAGGGAUACACAAUCAUGUUGAUCUAACGCAUCCUCCUCCGGGGUACCCUGCUUCGUCGUCCAUAACGCUUCAUACACAUGAGGCACGAGAAAUAUAUAACAAGAGAAACAUAAUUUUCGGCAGCAAUGUUCUUCUCCGUGAACGUAUAUUCAAUACCAUGAUUGAAUCUGACGCUUUGGCAUAUAGAACAUGCAGGGAAAUUGAAGGGCCUUACCUUGACUACGUAGAGGAACAAUUCAAGAAGCCUGUGAUUCUAUCAGGACCAGUUCUGGAGCGACCGAAUGCUAGUCUAGACGAAAAAUGGGGUUCAUGGCUUCAAGGGUUCAAAAGAGGUUCAGUGGUUUAUUGUUGUUUUGGAAGUGAGUGCUGGUUACAACCAAAUCUGUUCAAAGAAUUGCUGCUGGGUCUUGAACUCACCAACAUGCCGUUUCUAGCGGCAUUGAAAGCCCCAGUUGGGUUCGAUUCAGUUGGAGAGGCGCUACCAGAAGGGUUCGAAGAGAGGGUUGCAGGAAGAGGAAUCGUGUAUGGAGGGUGGAUCCAACAGCCAUUGAUAUUGGAACACCCUUCUGUGGGUUGCUUCAUUACACAUUGUGGAUCAAGCUCGUGUACAGAGGCAUUGCUGAAUGAGUGUCAAAUAGUGUUGCUUCCAAAUGGUGGUGACCAGUUCCUUAAUGCAAGAAUGAUGGCAAACUACUUGCAAGUUGGUUUGGAAGUGGAAAAGGGGGAACAAGAUGGAUUCUACACCAAGGAAAGUGUGUGCAAAGCUGUCACUAUUUUGAUGGAUGAUGAGAAUCAAACAAGUAAAACACUCAGAGCUAACCAUGCUAAAUUAAGACACAUUUUGCUUCUUAAAGAUUUGGACUCCACUUAUAUUGACAACUUCUGCAAGAACCUUCAUCAUAUUAUAAGGGAAAAAAAUUAGUUUCUACUUUUCUAGGU